CAGACAUUGAGCUUUCCAUCUCUAAUACAGAUUUGUCUAUAAAUAUUUUCCAAGCCUCUGAAAAUCGUCAGUUGUUAUCUGUACUCCUGGAGCUCCACGAACUCAUAGAAACUAACAAAAUGCAACUUUUCAUAAUUCUUUUUGCAAUGGUGGCCAUGGCUUCCGCCAUUCCUAAGGAGAAAUACCUAAAAUACCGCGAGGAGUGUUUCAAGUCCGAAAAGGUCCCAGCCGUAGUCAUUGAGAAAUUGAACAAUCCACAAUAUGAAGAAGAUAUGGGUCACGAAGCAAAAUGCUUUAUUCGCUGUAUGGCACUUAAAAUCGGAAGUUGGGAUGAUACCAAUGGCUAUAAUAUUGACAAGACCUACGCAGAUUUUCAAGAUGGUGGGCUGGAAGUCAGCAAGGAGAAUAUGAAGAAGUGUUUCACUUCAAAUCCUGAUAACGAUGAUAAGUGCGUGUGGGCUGACAAGGACUUGAAAUGUUUGUAUAGAAAUAAAUACGUGACGCAUAAAUACUCAAUUAACUGAAUAGAUUAUUUGAUUGUCCUUAUCUUGAAAUUGGAAUAAAAAUGAGUUAAUUUUCGAUUGUUA